GCUAAACUUAGUUAUUACAUGAUAAAGACAAUAAACUGAUAGUAACUGAGAUUUCAAAUUUAAACAUAAGUAACUGUCAAUGACAGUCUCGAAACACACUUGCUGAGAAUCAGCUUUUCAUCUUCUGCAUUAAUCAUGACCUUGAAACAACAAGCAACUCCAACAAAUGGCAGAUAGUUGGUAAAGACCUCCACUCUUAUAUUAUUAGAAUCUUUAAUGGACAUCAGCUGGAUCAAUCCUGCAACAAUACCUUGCUGGUGCUUAUUCCAAAGGUGCACAACCCAGAAUCUAUCACUCAGUUUCGGCCAAUAAGCUUGUGCAACGUUGUCUACAAGGUUCUCACCAAACUAAUCGCCAACCGUAUCAAGCCCAUAUUACCUCAUAUUAUUGGUCCGGAACAAAAUAGUUUUGUUCCAGGGAGACAAAUCACGGAUAAUAUCAUUAUGGUUCAAGAGAUCAUCCACUCUAUGGAUAGACUAAAAAGCAAGAGAGGUUUUAUGACAAUUAAAGUGGACUUGGAGAAAGCUUAUGAUAGAAUCAGAUGGAGUUUUGUGGAGGACUCUCUUACUGCUGUUUGGUAUUCCCCAUAAGCUUAUUACCAUAAUAAUGCAAUGUGUUUGCUCAGCCAACAUGAAAGUGUUAUGGAAUUGAUCACAGUCUAGGAGCUUUAAACCGUCUAGAGGCAUUAGAAAAGGUUGUCCACUAUCCCCCUAUAUCUUUGUAUUAUGCAUGGAAAGGCUUGCCCAAACUAUUAAACAAGAAGUCAAUCAGGGGAGGUGGGAAGGAUUCCGAGUGAAAAGAGAUACUCCUAUUUUUUGCAGACGAUCUCAUUCUUUUUACGGAGGCAACAACUUCUCAAAUGGAAGUGGUUCAGAGCACCUUGCAUAGGUUUUGUGAAGCCUCGGGGGAAAAGGUUAACUUAAACAAGACACAAUUGUACUUCUCAGCUAAUGUUAGACAUGAUAUAAGGAUGCAACUUGCUGAUCUGGCAGGCUUCUCAGUAACGACCGAUUUGGAGAAUUAUUUGGGAGUUCCAAUCCUCCAUGCUAAGAGUUCGAGAAAUAAAUUCGACUUUCUCAUUGAAAGAGUCUCACGACACCUCAGUGGAUGGCAGAGUAAACUUUUAUCUCUUGCUGGGAGAAUUACGCUCACAAAGUCGAUUCUUAACACGAUUCCCGCCUUUGUAAUGCAAACCAUCAAGCUUCCUUCAUCGGUUUGUUUGGAAUUGGACCGCAUAAUGCGUCGAUUCAUUUGGGGCUCAACAGAAACGAGGAGGAAGCUAUCCUUGGCAAACUGGGAUUUGGUUAGCUCUCUGAAAAAUUUGGGUGGUCUUGGAAUUCGACCCAUUCAAAGAUUUAACAAGGCUUUCUUGAUGAAGUUGGCCUUCCAAUUUAUUACAAAGCAAGACAGUCUAUGGGUACGCCUUCUGCGAGACAAAUACAUCCCACCUUCAUAUAGAUCUGGCUCUCACCUUCCAGGUCACGACGGCUCCAUCAUUUGGAGGGGGAUUAAAUCGGUUUGGUACUUAACAAGAGGGGGGUGUGCCACACUUAUACGAAACGGUAGAAAUACAGAUUUUUGGAGAGAUAAUUGGGUUGAAGAUGAUAAGCCACUAAUCGAGUACUUGUCAGAAGAAGACCGUCCAUCAAUUAAUCCUGUCAUGGUGGCAGAAUUUGCAAAUGCUGAUGGGAAGUGGAAAUGGGAUAAAUUUGCAUCGCUAUUACCCAAUUCUACUUGCUUAAGAAUAGCCAGCUUACUUCCCCCAAGACAAUCAGCAGAAUCAGAUCGUCUUUAUUGGUGUUCUUCAAGAGAUGGCAAAUGCACCGUCAAAAGUGCUUACAACUCACUUCUGCCGGAUAACAUCACAUCUUCUCACACAAUCUGGUCAGUAAUUUGGAAAUGGGGGGACCCUGAGAGAAUUCGAACUUUUCUGUGGUUGGCCUGCAAUAACAGGUUGUUAACGAAUAUGGCACGUUUCAAACGAAACCUAUCUUCCUCCGGCCAAUGCCCGUUGGGGUGUCCUUCAGAUGAAUCAGUUCUACACGUACUAAGAGAUUGCUCUGUAGCCAAAGUGCUCUGGAACGAUCUAGGUGUGAAAAUGAUCCAAUCGGGGUUUUUUCAAGUCGGAAUACUAGAUUGGUUUGAAAGCAAUUUGCGAUGUACCUAUGUCUUGUCAUCUCUCCCUUGGACAAUUAUCUUUGGGGUUACAUGUUAGUUCCUAUGGAAAUGGCGGAACGAGGCAAUUUUCCAAAACAGAGUAGCACCGGCUAAUUCGGUCCAGCAAUCUCUCGCUUAUGCACGAGAAAUUCAGAUGAGGGACAACGUGGCUACCCUACCGUCUCCAAAAAACCCAGAGCGGAAGCUUGGGGGGUUCUCAUCGGGCUACGGAUGGCAUGGGACAAUGGAUGGAAAAGAGUGAUGAUGGAGGUUGACAAUCAAGCUCUUGUCGAAGCAAUCCACGACAAAGAUCAGAGGAAUACAGUAGAUGGGUUAAUUAUUCAGUCAAUUCAAGAACUUCUCGCGAAACCAUGGGAGAUAACUAUUUCCCACGUCUUCCGUGAAGCCAACACUUGUGCUGAUUACCUUGCCUCUCUAGGCCACAUGUCCCCUCUAGGUGUUACAGUCUGUGAAUCUGUUCCGACAGACGUUUUGCGCAUCCGUUUCACCGGUUGAACUACCCAGGUUGGGUUAACAUUCCAAAUUUUAUGUGUUUAUAUGAUACUUUUUUAGGUUUAUUUCUGCGAUUGUCAUAAAAUAACUAUAUUGUCUGAUUUUGUUCUUUUAAU